UGCAAUUAGUAAUGGACUUUUAUUUUUGCGGGCCCACUUCCUGUUUGCCCCAAACUCCGCUAGCUUAUUUAAAGCCACGCCUCCAGCGCGCAGUUUAAAGAUCCUCACCUGUUUCCACUGUGGCUGUGGCUUGUUGUUGGCGUCUUCUUCACGGAGUCAUCAAAAUCUUUAAGCCCACUGAUUUGAUUGCCUGGUGAGUUUAUUAUCUGAAAGCAGUGUUGCUUUUACAUGUGAAACUUUGGUUUGAUUGCUCAUUGGAGCGUUGUUUUAUUAGAAUUAUUGGCGUUGUUACCUGGAUGUCACCGGGGUUCUGGCACAGCUGAUUGUGGCUGGGCGUGCCCACUCUCUUGAUAAGGUCGGGUUUUUUUUUUCCGGUUGGAUCAGAUCCUCAUCAGGAUUUGAAGAUGGCGAGCUAAGGAAAAGAACUCUGAACUUAAUGAUUUUGCAAUUAAUUUAUUCUGGGUCAAUUGUCUUGUCUCAUUGUGUUGUUGUAAUUGUUGUUUUAUUCAAAUCACUUAAUAUAUAUUCACCAAAACUAAAAACACUGCCUCCUGUUUUCUCCACACCUCGGGCUCCUAAAAGAACACUCUUCUGAUGCUGCUUUGGUAGCCGCAGUUAGCUGCCUAGCCCAUAACUGUUACAUUGUUGGCGAGCUAGCCAGGAGCCUGAUACUGUGAAUGUUUUGGUGGAUGUGUUUUGUGGUUUGUAUUGAAAUAUGGAUUUCUUUGACCAAAUUGGUAUCAAUGUUGCAAAUUCUGUCAUCAUUAGUGGUGUAACGAACACUCAAGCAGAUGAUGAGAUCAUCAAUUAUUUACGUGGUUAUGGUGGAAUUAAGGUUUUUACUGUUACUGCACGUGAGAAUCCAUUUUAUAAAAACCUGGCCGUUGAAUUCAGUAAUUCUGCAGAUUUGGAAAAGCUAAAAUCGCUUUUGCCAUACGUUUAUCCAUCUCAGGUUACAGAAGAUGUUAUAUUUGUUGUUAAAUUACUUUCAAGAGAGUGCCCUGCCACAGCCACAGUGGACACAACCUUACCUCCCGAUUACCUUCAUGAACUGAAACGUAUUUCCCAGCAGAGUGGACAAUCAUUUGAUGAUGUUUUGAAAGGAGUUUUUGAACAAAUAAGUGCUCAUUUAGGAAUAGCAGCUACUGGAGGGAAGCCUGAUAAAGAUGAUGAAGGGGAUGAUGAGGAGGAGGAUAUUGUUAAAGUACUUACCACUGAAAGAGAGUCUAGUCAGACUCCGCCACCUACUCUUCCCUCAAAUCAAUCAGAUCAGUCCACCACCUACCAGCAAGGACCACAAACUCAACCAAAUCCAACUACAAAUGUGGGGCCGAGAAUUUUCCUUUCGGGGAAUGAUCUGAAUCCUUCUGAGGUCCAAAGGGUUGUUGUGGAACACAUUGUGCGCAGAGAUGAUGUAAAUCUUCAACCUCUGUCUUCAUUUAGACUACGUACCUUUUCAGGAAGACUUCCAAAACCUCAGCAUGAGGCAGAUUAUGAAUCCUGGAGGUCUCAAAUAGAACUUUUAAAUGCAGAUCCAAGUCUUGCACCCUUACAUGUUACAAGGCGGAUUUUGGAAGGUUUACUCCCUCCAGCUGCUGACCUAGUGAAGGGUUUGGGGCCUGAUGCCCUGCCUGCCACAUUUUUGCAGGUACUCGAUUCUGCAUAUGCUACUGUUGAGGAUGGAGAAGAAUUGUUUGCAAAAUUUUUAAACACACUUCAGGACCAUGGAGAACGACCUUCUUCUUAUCUGCAGAGACUCCAAUUGGCUCUCAGCACAGUGGUGAAGCGUGGUGGGAUUCCAGCCACUGAAAUGGACAAAUAUUUGUUAAAACAAUUUUGUAGAGGUUGCUGGGAUAAUAGUAUGAUAAACAAACUGCGACUAGAAAAGAAAAAAGAUCAACCACCUCCUUCUCAGAGCUUUUAUUAA